UGAGGCAGGCUACAGGAAGGAUUUGGGGACCCCUAAGGGAAUGGGUUCAGGGAGCAAGGCAGUUUUUAGGGAUGGUUUAGGGGGUUCUGGGGAAAUGGGGUCAGUGGAUGAGGCAGGCUACAGGAAGGAUUUGGGGACCCCUAAGGGAAUGGGUUCAGGGAGCAAGGCAGGUUUCAGGGAUGGUUUAGGGGGUUCUGGGGAAAUAGGGUCAGUGGAUGAGGCAGGCUACACGAAGGAUUUGGGGGCUCCUAAGGGAACGGGUUCAGGGAGUAAGGCAGGUUUUAGGGAUGGUUUAGGGGGUUCUGGGGAAAUGGGGUCAGUGGAUGAAGCAGGCUACAGGAAGGAUUUGGGGACCCCUAAGGGAAUGGGUUCAGGGAGCAAGGCAGGUUUCAGGGAUGGUUUAGGGGGUUCUGGGGAAAUGGGGUCAGUGGAUGAGGCAGGCUACAGGAAGGAUUUGGGGGCUCCUAAGGGAAUGGGUUCAGGGAGUAAGGCAGGUUUUAGGGAUGGUUUAGGGGGUUCUGGGGAAAUGGGGUCAGUGGAUGAGGCAGGCUACAGGAAGGAUUUGGGGGUUCCUAAGGGAACGGGUUCAGGGAGCAAGGCAGGUUUUAGGGAUGGUUUAGGGGGUUCUGGGGAAAUGGGGUCAGUGGAUGAGGCAGGCUAUAGGAAGGAUUUGGGGGCUCCUAAGGGAAUGGGUUCAGGGAGCAAGGCAGGUUUCAGGGAUGGUUUAGGGGGUUCUGGGGAAAUGGGGUCAGUGGAUGAGGCAGGCUACAGGAAGGAUUUGGGGGUUCCUAAGGGAACGGGUUCAGGGAGCAAGGCAGGUUUUAGGGAUGGUUUAGGGGGUUCUGGGGAAAUGGGGUCAGUGGAUGAGGCAGGCUAUAGGAAGGAUUUGGGGGCUCCUAAGGGAAUGGGUUCAGGGAGCAAGGCAGGUUUCAGGGAUGGUUUAGGGGGUUCUGGGGAAAUGGGAUCAGUGGAUGAGGCAGGCUACAGGAAGGAUUUGGGGGCUCCUAAGGGAGUGGGUUCAGGGAGCAAGGCAGGUUUUAGGGAUGGUUUAGGGGUUUCUGGGGAAAUGGGGUCAGUGGAUGAGGCAGGUUAUAGGAAGGAUUUGGGGGCUCCUAAGGGAAUGGAUUCAGGGAGUUAUAUAGAUUACAGGAAUGGUUUAGGCGGUUCCGGAAAAAUUAGUUCAGGUGGGGAGGCAGGUUAUAAGAAUGUUUUAGGGGGUUCUGGGAGGAUUCCAUUAGGGAGUGAGGCAGGUUCUAGGGGUAGUUUGGAGGAUUCUGGGUACAUUUUGUCAAGGAGUGAGGCAGGUUGUGGGCAAGGCUUUGGGGGAACUGGUGGCAUGGGGUCAGGGAGUGAGGUCAGUUAUAGGGGAGGCUCAGGAGGAUCUGGGGAAAUGGGGCCAGAGGGUGAGAUGGGUUAUGGAGAUGGUUCAGGGAGGCUUGGAGUACCAGGCUCACUAGCUGGAAUGGGACAUGAGGCUGGACCCAGAGGCCACAAAGCCAUGGGGCACAGGUCAGGAUAUUGGGUAGCAUCAGAGGGUGGCACGAGCUGCAAGGAUGGUCCAGAGAGAGCCAGGGAAACAGGGCUUGUGGAUGGGGCAGGACCUGGGGUGGAAUCUGGGAUGGCUGGAAUGCUGGGCACUGCAGGUGGCAUGGCACACAGAGACAGCUCCAGGGGCCCAGGGGUGCUGGGGUCUCAGGGAGGGCCGCAGACUCUUUCAGAUGAGAGAGGCUCCACCAAAGAUCUUGGGGGCUAUGGAACCUCAGGGAUCCCUGAAGCCUUGGAGGCUGCUGGUGCCAAGGGAAAACUAGAUGUCAAAGAAUGGCAAGAUAGUUCUGGGACUCCAGGGUCUUCUAGGGACAGAGGGGCUCCCAGGGCAAAGGAUAGGUCUCCAGACCAAGCAGGGAUUAUGGGGUCUUCUGGGUUUCUUGAUGGCAAGGGGGCAGUAGAAGGUGAAACCUGGGCAGGAAUGGCUGCUCUGGGGUCUGGACAUGAAAAGGACAUCUGGAAAGCAGGCCCAGGAAUGACAGACAGGGGUAGAGUUGCUGGCCAGGGGAGAUUGGCAUCUCAGAGAGGCAGGGACUCACUUUUGGGAGGAAGAAGGAUAGGCUCAGGGAGCUCAGCAGGGACAGGCCAGGAUCUGGACAGCAGCUCUAUGCCUGGGGAAAGGGGCAAGUCAACAUCAGGGCCUGCUGAUGGACUAGGAAUGAGCAAUGCCUGGGCUCCUGAUUGGGAAAACCAGGGGUUUAGCCGAGGCAGCAUAGGUGCUGGGAAGCAGCCCGCAGGCUCCAGAGCUUCUGGUUCUCUGCGGGAAAAAGAUGCCGCUUUUGGUGGGAUCCAUGAAGGGCCAGGGGGCUUUAAGGGCAGGGAGGGUGCACCAGGCCAAGAGGCGGCUGGUGGAUGCCGAAGCCCAUGGUCCCUGGAUAGCAAAGGUUCAGGUCCUAGAAGGGGCAGUUCUGGUGGUGCAGAGGACUCAGGUAUCCUGGGCAAAGGGAAUUCUACUGAGCAGGGAAAUGCUGUCAUCCCAAAACCUGGGGAGUCAGGACCUCAGGGAGCCUGGAAUGGCUUAGAUGGUCCCUUUGGCAGAAGAGCCUCUGGAGAUAGGUCAGGAGGGACCCAGGACCUGAGCUCUCAGCUAGGCAAGGGACAGAGAGGAGGAAAGAUGUCCCUCGGGGGGCAGGGGUCCCUGGAGGCUAAGAAUGGUGAGGUCCAGGGUCCUGGGGCCCUAAAGGAGGAUGAGGUGCAGGGAGCAGAAGAGACUGGGAGGUCAGACAGGAGCUCACUCAGGAGCAGGUCUCAGGCACAGUCAGGGGCUGAGGUGGGAGGAGGAAAGAGAAGGGGAGCAGAUGAGGCUGGAAGCAUGGGAUGGCAGUCUAUGGGGGAGAACCGGGGGUGCCUCGAGGAGAUGCUAAAUGAAGAUCAGAGCCGGGAGCCCCCCGGUCACCUUGGUAGCAGGAGAGGUGGCAAAGAUGGCAGGUUGGACAUCUAUGGAGAGAGGAGAGAUGCUACCCGAAGUUCCACAUCCAGAUACAAGCCUGACACUGGCAGUUUCUCCAAGGAGACCCGAGGCCCCAUAGGCCACUUCUCCCAGGGCUUGGCUGACAUGAAGGUGCAGCAGGGGGAGGCUGCCACACUCUCCUGUACCCUCACCAGUGACCUGGGACCUGGCACCUGGUUUAAGGAUGGCGUCAAGCUCACCGCCCAGGAUGGAGUCAUCUUUAAGCAAGAUGGUCUCGUGCACAGCCUCUUCAUCGCGCGUGUGCAGGGGACCCAAGCCGGGAGGUACACCUUUGUAGCUGGUGACCAGCAGAGCGAGGCCACUCUGACCGUCCAGGAUUCCCCUACCAUUGCUCCCGAUGUGACAGAGAAACUGAGAGAGCCACUGGUGGUCAAGGCUGGGAAGCCGGUGACAGUGAAGAUCCCCUUCCAGAGCCACCUCCCCGUUCAGGCUGCCUGGAGAAAGGACGGGGCCAAGGUGGUGGGCAGUGGUGACAAGGAGGCCCAGGUGGACCUGGGGGACGGCUACACGCGGCUGUGCCUCCCCAGCACAGGCAGGAAGGACAGCGGCCAGUACAGUGUGACGCUGAGGAGUGAGGGAGGCUCUGUGCAGGCUGAGCUCACCCUGCAAGUCAUAGACAAGCCUGAUCCCCCACAAGGCCCCAUGGAGGUUCAGGAUUGCCACAGGGCUGGUGUCUGCCUCCGCUGGCGGCCCCCAAGGGAUGAUGGGGGCCAGCCUGUAGAGUGCUACUUGGUGGAGAGACGGCAGGCUGGCAGGAGCACUUGGCUGAAGGUGGGUGAGGCCCCUGCUGACAGCACCACCUUCACGGAUGCCCAUGUGGAGCCAGGCAGGAAGUAUGCCUUCCGAGUGCGGGCUGUGACCUCGGAGGGGGCUGGCGAGGCCCUGGAGUCUGAGGAGACAUUGGUGGCUCCUGAGGCUCUCCCCAAGGCCCCUUCCGCGCCAGCCAUCCUGUCAGCCUCCAGCCAGGGCAUCACACUGACAUGGACGGCACCUAGGGGCCCUGGCAGCGCCCACAUCCUGGGCUACCUGAUCGAGAGGCGUAAGAAGGGGAGCAACACCUGGACAGCAGUGAACGACCAGCCGGUGCCUGAGAGGAGGUGGACGGUGGCGGACGUGCGGCAGGGCUGUCAGUACGAGUUCCGGGUCACAGCUGUAGCUCCCUCAGGCCCUGGAGAGCCUGGACCCCCAUCAGAUGCCGUCUUUGCUCGGGACCCCAUGAGACCCCCUGGGCCGGUGAGGAAUCUCCAAGUCACAGACACAUCGAACACCAGCCUCACUCUGAGCUGGGCUGGGCCAGACACCAACGACGGGGACGAAGCCCAGGGGUACGUGGUGGAGCUGUGUGGCUCAGACAGUCUCCAGUGGUUCCCGUGCCAUGCGGGCACCGUGCCAGUCACCAGCUACACAGCCAAGGGCCUUCGGCCUGGAGAGGGCUACUUUGUGCGGGUGACAGCAGUUAAUGAAGGAGGUCAGAGCCAGCCCACUGCCCUGGACACAUUAGUGCAAGCCAUGCCUGUUACUGUCUGUCCCAAGUUCCUUGUGGACUCCAGCACCAAGGACUUGCUGACGGUCAAGGUCGGGGACACUGUUCGUGUGCCCAUCUCCUUUGAAGCCGUGCCCAUGCCUGAGGUGACCUGGCUGAAGGACGGCUUGCCCUUGCCCAAAAGAAGUGUGACCGUCACUAAGGAUGGCCUCACCCAGCUUCUGAUCCCUGUGGCUGGCCUCUCGGACAGUGGUCUCUACACUGUAGUGCUGAGGACCCUGCAGGGGAAGGAGGUUGCCCACAGCUUCCGUAUCAGGGUGGCAGCAUGUCCGCAGGCACCUGGGCCCAUCCACCUACAGGAGAACGUGCCUGGGACGGUGACGGCUGAGUGGGAGCCCUCUCCGGACGAGGCCUGGGGUGUCCCGCUACACUAUGCAGUGUUCACGCGCUCCUCAGCACAUGGCCCUUGGCGUGAGGCAGCCGACCGCAUCCACACCAACCGCUUCACCCUCCUGGGCGUCCUCCCUGGCUACGAGUACCACUUCAGAGUGGUGGCCAAGAAUGAGCUGGGGGCCAGCAAACCCUCCUACACCAGCCAGCCCUGGUGCAUCCCCCGGCAGCGCGACAAGUUCACAGUGAAGGCUCAGAGCUACCGGGAGCCGGACCUGAGCCAGAAGCCCCGGUUCCUGGUGGGCCUGCGGUCCCAUCUGCUGCCCCAGGGCUGCGAGUGCUGCAUGAGCUGCGCUGUGCAGGGCUCGCCCCGGCCCCACGUCACCUGGUUCAAGAACGACCGCAGCCUGGAAGGAAACCCCGCAGUAUACAGCACUGACCUGAUGGGCGUGUGCUCCCUCACCAUCCCCAGCGUAUCCCUGAAGGACAGCGGCGAGUACAAGGCUGUGGCCGAGAACACGCUGGGCCAGGCAGUCAGUACUGCCACCCUCAUUGUCAUAGAACCCAGCGCCUAGCCUCACCUCACCCUGGGAUGGUCCUGGACCCUUGAAGCUUCACUUCCGACACCUGCACUGGCCUGGGAAGCCAAUCCCAAGGAUGGAGGCUGUGCCCAGAGCCCCAGGAAGACAGGAGUGAGAAGACUCCUGGUGAGGUUUUGGCCAGGAGGACAUGAAGUCCUUGGGGAAGAAAAACAAGGGAGGAGGCCAUUCUGCCUCCUGGCUCCAAGCUAAGUCACUAAACAGAAUGACAGUGAACCUCCUGGAUCCUCACCAUAUGGGUUUCUUUCUUCUUCGCUUCAGGAGAUCCAGAGGGCACCUGCCUGCAGGAUGGGCCGGCUCCUUAUUUUCCUGGGCUGAGCCCCUUGGAGGGAGGGUGGGCACAGCUGGGCCUGCUGUGACCACAGGGAGGGAAGAGGAGAGGAGGUCAGAGGACCUGGGUGAGGACUGGGGCAUCAAGGGUGUGUGUGUGGUGGGGACA